AUGGAAGUGAUUGCAGUUGGAACUGCCGCCAUCGACGUGGUUUACGAAGUCGCGAUGUACCCAGAGGGUCCGUUUAAUCCUCUUUCGAGACAAAGCCGGCAUGGCAAAGAACCAGCUCAUUUUGCAUCCAUAGAGGACUCGAAGGCACGGUCAUUAGCCACUUACAAGUGCCGAGGCGGAAACGCUGCGAACGCCUUGUACGUUGUUUCAAGUCUAGAAUCGGGGUCACGCACAAUUGUGCGCUACCGUACCAUUGCUGAGCUGAUGCAUGUAGCGUUUGCGCAACAAGUUGAGCGGUACAUGACGGAGAUCCGACAUCAUGCAAACGUGCCCGUGUGGUUUCAUUCUGAGGGACGGAACGUGGAAACUCGUGAGGCAGAUGAUGUUGCAUGGUCAAACAACUACUCCCCACGCAAAGAUGUCGCUUGA